GAACACGAAACACCCAUUUCAAUACAUCCAUCCGAAUGCGAGUUAUCUCGUGCCUGCCAGGCUGCUCCUCCCCCGCAUCCGAAAGCUAACCGCGAACGCAAAACCCCUCUCCGCCCCCAUGGCUGCUCUCCUCCGCACGGCGGCCGCCCUCGCGCCCCGACCCCAGUCGGUCCCGCUUGCCCGGGAGCCGCGACGGCCGUGCGCGUCGCUGCUCGCCUGCUCCCGCCGCGGGCCGGCGUGCGCGCGGCCGCUUCGGGCGAGUCUGCUGCCGGCUCCGCGCGUCCUCGGCCGCGCCGCUGGCCGGCUGCGGCGCCUGGGCGCCACCGAGGCCGACGAGGCCGCCCAGACGGCGACGCAGGAGGAUUCAGAAACUGAAGUUACUGGAGAUAGUGCUGCAGAUGAUGGUGCUGCGGGCACAGAUCCCUCUGUUCUCGUGACAGCACUUCAGUCAUACAAAGAAGCUCUGAUUAAUGAUGAUGAAGCAAAAAUUGCUGAGAUAGAGGCCUUUUUACUUUCUAUCGAGGAUGAGAAAAAUUCUCUUGUGAACAAAAUUACUGUUUUAGAUGCAGAACUGGCAACUCAACGAGAACGUAUCUUGAGGAUAAGUGCUGACUUUGAUAAUUUCAGGAAGAGGACAGAAAGUGAGAAGCUUAAUAUGAUGACAAAUGUGCAAGGGGAAGUUGUAGAGAGCUUGUUGCCUGUUCUUGACAACUUUGAAAGAGCGAAAACGCAAAUAAAGGUGGAAACAGAGGAACAGAAGAAAAUAAAUAAUAGCUACCAGAGCAUUUAUAAGCAAUUUAUUGAGAUUCUGAAUUCAUUGGGUGUUGAAGGUGUCGAAACUGUUGGCAAACCAUUUGAUCCUAUGCUUCACGAGGCUAUUAUGAGAGAAGAAUCAGUGGAGUACGAAGAGGGGAUCAUCAUCCAGGAAUUCCGAAAGGGUUUCAAACUUGGGGAAAGACUACUACGCCCAGCAAUGGUCAAGGUGUCUGCGGGACCAGGCCCUGAAAAAUCCGGAGAUGAGGACCCUACUGAGGUUGAAGAUAGUGUAGCACCUUCGAAAGUUGAAGAUAGUGAAGAUGAUGGCUUUGACGAUGGAGGUGAUACCGAGUAACGGAGCUUAAUUUCUGAAUCAACAAGAAAAAGGCCCAGAAUUUUUGAUGCUUUUCUGGAGUGUGCCAAGCAGGUAAUAGGAUAGUACCUACCAAUUGUUAAAGAUCUAGAGUUAGAUAUUUGUCCCCUUAAAUGUGCCUUCCGUCCUGCUGCUGAUAUGGAGUGUUGGUAUAGUCUCAAAAUCUCUGUUUUCCUCUGGCCGGGAUUGUUGUUAAUUUGUUGCAGCGAGGGAUUUUCUUGGUUCAUUCGUGGAACAACAUGACAUUGUGGCACAGUAAAUUGGUUCAGAUUUAUGAUUAAUCCUGCAGUAUUUGAAUCUC